AUGUCUUUAGUUAAAUUAGAAUCUUCAGAUGAAAAAGUCUUUGAAAUUGAAAAAGAAAUCGCUUGUAUGUCAGUUACAAUCAAGAAUAUGAUUGAAGAUAUUGGUGAAUCAGAUAGUCCAAUUCCAUUACCAAAUGUUACUAGCACUAUUUUAGAGAAAGUUCUUGACUAUUGCAGACAUCACCAUCAACAUCCAUCACCACAAGGUGACGAUAAAAAGGAUGAAAAGAGAUUAGAUGAUAUCCCACCAUAUGAUAGAGAUUUCUGUAAAGUCGAUCAACCAACCUUAUUCGAAUUAAUCUUGGCAGCCAAUUAUUUGGAUAUCAAACCAUUAUUAGAUGUUACCUGUAAAACUGUUGCCAAUAUGAUCAGAGGUAAAACCCCAGAAGAAAUCAGAAAAAUCUUCAACAUCAAGAACGACUUUACUCCAGAAGAAGAAGAACAAAUCAGAAAAGAAAAUGAAUGGUGUGAAGAUAAAGGUGGAAACUAA